CUCUCUCUCUCUCUCUCUCUCUCUCUCUCUCUGCCAUCUUGCAGGUAAAGUUGCCAGGGGUCCUGGGCUGAGAAAGUGGCCAGACCCUCCCACAGUGGGAUGUUUUCUCUGCUGCUCUCUGGGCUGGUUUCUAUUCAAAUGUGGGUCAGGGGUGAGCAAGCCUAACGUCAUAAGCUUGCAACAUGGCGUCCCGAAGGCUGUGAGGUGAGCAAGAGGAUGGUAAAGAACGUUUGAGAACGAUCCUACCGAUGUAAUAAGCUUCAGGUGGUGCUCGUGUAGGAAGAGAGAGAGAGAGAAGGAAAGAAGGAAGGUGGAAAUGGAACUGCCAAAUCAUGCCAAACAACUGCUGCUGCAACUAAACCAGCAGAGAGCCAAGGGCUUCCUGUGUGAUGUUAUCAUUGUGGUGGAGAAUGCACUCUUCCGUGCCCACAAGAACAUCCUGGCUGCAAGCAGCAUCUAUUUCAAAUCUUUGGUCCUCCACGAUAACCUCAUUAACCUUGACACAGAGAUGGUUAACCCUUCUGUAUUCAGACAAGUUCUGGACUUCAUCUACACUGGGAAGCUCCUGUCCUCGUCAGACCAGAGCAAUGAGCGUAACUUUAGUGCCCUCUUAACCGCAGCCAGCUACCUCCAGCUCCAUGACCUCGCUGCUCUGUGCAGAAAGAAGCUCAAGCGCAGUGGUGGGAAAGCCCUCCCAGGUAAACCCUCCACUCCAGGUCCCCUUAGCCGCUUACGCCUCAACAACCAGCGCCUUUCGACUUCAACCCCUGCCGGCCCCAAAAACCACUAUCCUCCGACCCCCUCUGAUGCCGACCAACCACAGCCAGAUGAAGGCCUUCGGGACAAGCUUUCAGACGAUGAAAUGUUUGUUGGCAGCUCUGGGAGGAAUGGGAAUGGGGGCAAUGGCAGUAGUAACGGUAACCUCAGCAGUGGAGGAAGUGCUGGGGAACCCGACCUUGGAUUAGACCUGUCCAAGAAAAGCCCUCCCUCUGUGGGCACAGCCACGGAUGCCCUCAGCCCACACAGCAACUCCCAAGAGUCCCCUCAAUCUGCCUCAGUAUCUACAACCAACAGUGCCUCACUGGAUGACUCCUCUACCACCCUACCAGGUGUGGACACCUGUGGCUCUGAGAUCAUGGAGCUCAACUCCUCUGCUAAAGCUUCAGAGGAAACCCAAAUCCAGCCUGAUGGCCCCCCACCCCAGAAGAAAACCCGGCAGGGGGCUCGCAAGAACGAAUGGCCCAAGAAAGAGGCGUCAGGGUUGAAGUCUGAAGAUCAUGAAAGGCCGUUGGCUAAUGGGGUGAUUGUGGGUCCUAAAGAUGGCCGCUCUUCUGACCAGUCCUUCCAGUGCAAAGAGGAGGAAGAAGGAGGAGAGAAUGGCCAGGACCACACUGAUGAGAGUGGGCAAAGUGACGGCGAGAGUGCAGGAGGUGGAGGAGGAACCGGAGGGGGACACCACAGCGCCAACUACGUGUACCGGCAGGAAGGUUUUGAGCCAGCAUUUGGAGACAACCUCUAUGUGUGCAUUCCCUGUGGGAAGGGUUUCCCCAGUUCUGAGCAGCUCAAUGCUCAUGUGGAGACACACAAUGAGGAUGAGCUCUACAUCAAAGAGGAGGGAGGGACCUUUGUGAAAGAGGAAGAUGAGGAGGAGGCAGAGGACCUCUCUGCCCCUGUGGGUCCCUCCAACUUUGGCUCUGAAACGCGUCCGUUCAAGUGUACAGUCUGCAGUAAGAGCUACAAAGACCCGGCAACUCUGAGACAACAUGAAAAGAGCCAUUGGCUGACCAGGCCCUUCCCCUGCAACAUCUGUGGCAAAAUGUUCACCCAGAGGGGCACCAUGACACGCCACAUGCGCAGCCACCUUGGCCUCAAGCCGUUUGCAUGUGAAGAGUGUGGCAUGCGCUUCACGCGCCAGUACCGCCUGACAGAGCACAUGCGUGUCCACUCUGGAGAGAAGCCGUAUGAAUGCCAGCUAUGUGGGGGGAAGUUUACCCAGCAGCGCAACCUCAUCAGUCACCUGAGAAUGCACACCUCACCCACUUAGAAAUGCAUCAAGCCAAAGAACUCUGGGAAUAGAAAAAAAAGAAACAUUUCUCUACCUUUCCAUCUCAACAGCAAAGAAACGCACAUGCAGACACACACAGUUCCUCAUACUAAUUCCAGUUUACAAUGCCCUGGCUAAGUGAAUGAUGUAGCUGUUAGCCACAGUGGGCUCUUGGUGACAGUGGGAACUUGAUGAUGCAAGGAUCAGGUCAUCAUUUAUAUUACGCGACGUCUGCUCACCUCUCAGGAGUUCUAGAGGGACAAUUACUCCUGUCUCUCUCCAAAGUCACAAAGCCAUGGUAGAGUGGCAUGACUUCUGGUCUGCAUUGCAAGUCUGUAAAAUGUGAAUGUGGCUACCAAUAUAAAGUCAAGGCCCCUCACUGCAUACCCCUCAGCAGCCUUUCUCUCUUCUACCUAUGAGCAUUGAGUCUUUGAGUUUUUCAGAUUGAUCAUCAAACUGAUUAACUUAAGAGUCCCCUCUGUACUCCAGUGCUAUUUUGACCAAAAACCCGUGUAAACAAUACUGGCAAUAAUUCAGCAAAAAGAUUAUUUUUACCAUGACAGCUUUAUGUCCUUUGCUAUAUUGGUGAUGGGGAUCUGUAUGUAAGAGGAGGGGUAAGGGGGUUUGGGACCAUCUCCAUGCUUUAACUAAAGGUCCUGAAAGAAAUGGUGGGAUGACAUUGGAUCAAGUUUAGUUUUAGUUUUUCAGACCACAAAUACACAAAGUUCUCUCUACAGCUGUUCACAGUAAUAUAGAGAGCAUUUUCAUUGUUUUUGGUUUUGCCUGCUAGUGCUCCCAGGAGUGAAUCCUGGUUGGAAAGAUUAACCCCUUUGAGGUACUUGAUUUACUUAAAAGUAAGGAACUUCUAAUCUUUCAGUGAAUGUUUAAACUGGGAAGUCUGGGAUUUUUCUUGUGGAGGGGAGGGAUUUUGGUUGGGAUGGGGUGGGUGUAUUCUAGUGGGGUAAGGAGAGGGUAUUUCCGACUGAACAUUAUUUUCAGUGGGUACGUUUUUUUGUUGUUUUCUGUAUAGUUUCCUCCCCUCAGAAAAAAAAAGUCUAUUUAUAUAGACUUGUGACCUCGCUACCUCUGAUUACUCUUACGAACUCUAUGUUGAUUAGUUGAAAGUUCCUAUGUAAUUAAUUGUAAAAAGUGUGUAGAUUAUGGUAACGUUUCACCUAAUGCUUUAACCUGCCCAUCUCUCAACACAGGUUUUUAAUGCUCAUUUUACACAAUAUUGUUUUUAGCUGUUGUUUUUACUUGUCAAAUAUAGCUUUUUGGGCGCCCUGCUAAGUGUGGCUCCACCUCAAAGUGUACUGUAGCUUCCUGCCUUGAGCAAAAAGUGUUUAGUUAGUGUAGAUGUAUAGUGUUCCAAAGAUCUUAUGAAUGUUAAGAGGAGAACAGAGGUAACUAACCUUGCUAGACAAGUUCAUAACCAAAGUUUUUAAAAAGAUGUACUUAAGAUAUAUAGCAUACUAAAUUAUUUCACUUUUGAUUUCUUUUUGCUGUAUAAACAAAUUAUGAAUUUAUAUUCUAAGUCCAGACAAAGAAAUCCACUCUUGAUGGAGUUUUGGCCAAUGACUCUGAGACUAAGAAAGGUUCUUCUGGUUUGCAAGGAAAGCUUGUGCUGAUUGGUGGGCCGGUAUAAUAUAAACUUUACCACCUAACGAAAAUGGUAAAGUUUAAAGACGUGUUCACUGAACAUGUUUUUGGUUUCUUUCUGUUUGUGUCCAGAGUUCCUAUCACUUUAUUUUCCCUGUCUUUAAAAACGGGAGUUGAUGACAUUGUAUGUGUUCUGUUCAGACCAAAAAAAAAGAAAAAGACAAAAAAGAUAGGAAUUAUAAUCAGAAUUUUAAUGUGAAGUUCAAGUUGCUUGACUUGUGAAAACUUGUAAUAAGAAGGGAGAAGCAGAGAUGCACUGGACAGUUAGACAACAAGUUGGUCUUCUGUGGCAUCCUCUUGUUUCUGAUUGUAUUCCAUUAUAUCACAGAAUGAUUUUAAAUUAUUAUAAAUAUCAAAAGCUUUACCUCAUAAGCAACCAAAAGUUGGGAAUGGCCCAUCUGUUGCCUGUGGGUUUCACUGAAACCUGUCCAGUGUAUCUACUCUUAACAGUUACACUCUGGAGCAUGAACCUUCACUACAAGUUUUUGGUAUAGGCAUUCCUCUAUAAUGUUGGUUUAACUGUCUUCUUGAUUUUCUUUGUAUUCCUCUUUUGUCUUCAUGUUAUGAUCUGUGAAAUGUUUGUCAUAGGGAUGCAGCUACAGUUACACAAACAUCACUACCGUUUUAAGGUACCUGCGUCCUGGACUCCCAGAGUUGUUACUUGGUUAUGUUGGAUGUUGGUGUCUUGCUGUUAAGCAGUUGCUGUUAAGUGAUUGCAUGGUACAUCUAUGACUUUUUCACACUCCCCACUCCCCAACCACAAAUAUGUUAUUUAUCACCUGAUCCACUGUUGCUUGUGACCUCUUCUAGCUUAAGAGGGAGUCCACAAUGCAUUGCCUUCAAACGUUAUUGUACUUGUCGGCACUUACUGCAGUACAGCAUAAUGUCUGUCAUGCAAAAGGUGUUUUUCUAGCCAUCUUAGCUGCAUUUGAAUGCUUGCUUGUUUGACAUAACGAAGAAUAGAAACUACAAACUCCAACUGUGACCACACAACUACUCUUACUACUACUACUACUACUACUACUACUACUAGUACUACUACUAUUCAAAUACUUCAGGGAUUGUUUUGCAUCUGUGAAUGCAGACUCUCAGCUACAUUUGUAAGACAUAGUAUUGUAUCAAUUUCUCUGUAUUUUAAUCAUGGGAAAAGCAAAACACUAGUUUCAUAUUUAAGAAAAACGGGGGUACUUUUUCAACUAACACAAAGAGCCUUGACAAAGGCAAGGCAGCUCGAAAUAAGUCUACAUUUAAGUUAGUAACACAGUUUGUUCAGAAAUAGUUGCAAAGUUGUACAAAGAACUAAGAAGAAGAAGAAGAAGAAGAAAAAAAAGCUCAUACCCAAAUCCACAAACUAUUUUUUAAACCAAAGCACAUUUGAAUGAUUAUGGAACCAUGUGUGGCUCUAAAAAGAAACAUGUAUUUAUCUCAUUGUUUACAUAAACUUUUACAGUUUUACAGACCUCAGUCGAGGCUCGGCCAGUCAGAGAGGUGAUUUUGUGUGUAUUUUUUAAAAGGAUGCUUUUCCGCAGAGGUUGCUGCCAAAACAUAGGCAGGGGCGUCAAACAUGGGGUGAACUGCUGCAUAUUCAAUUCAUGGGAGGCGUGUGUGGUUUAGGGGCACCCCCCUCUCUCUGCCAGCUGGCUUUAGGGUGACCCUGCGCCCCACGCUCCCUGCCCUCUGGCCCUUCUUCAGAUGGGACCGCAGCGAUGGGGGUGGACAGUGCAUCCUUGACAUAUUAAUCAAAAGGCAUUGUUAGGCAGGGUCCUUAGCUCAAUUUUGUGUCUCUGUGUUUACCCAAAUGUAUUUGAGGACUACCUCUGCUGCUUGGGUCUCAUACUGUGUAGGAGUGGGUGGGUGAUGCUUGAAUGGUUUGGGUGGUUUAGCAACAUGGUACAUCUCUUAUGCUGGGGGUUCUCGAAACUUAUCUGGACAAUGUAGCUUUGAUUUGUUCAAUGCAUGUAAACAGGAUUAUCUGGUAGUCUUAACUGUGAAUGUUAUUGUUGUUUUUUCUGCUUUUAUGAUGUCUUGAAAGUUUUUUUUAUUUUUAUUUUUUUAAACUGUAUUCUGUGGGUAAAAGCAGCACAAACCUCUGGCUGGCCGGGCCUCAUACAAAGUUGGUGCAAACACUUAUUGACAGUGUUCUUUUUAACAAAUGUCUAUUGUCAGUGAUGAAUGUAUUUAUUUCUGGUCCUGCCCUCACCCCUGCAAAAGAAUUGCUCAGUGUGUGAGACAGAGGUGGAGGCAGGACCCCCUUUUUAUUUUUAUUUUAUUUUUUCGUUUAGAGGAUUUCAAGCUGAGAAUCAAAAAUGAGACACAAAGCAUAGCCAUUAACCACAAUCUGUGAAGUUAACCUUUUUGUGGGAGAAUUGAUUUUAUUUUUUCCAACUCAAAUAAAUGGUCUAUGGCAUUUAAUAUCUUCUUUCCGUUAUGCCUGACAGUCUGUAGGGUUUUUAUUUCAUGUGAUUCAUUAUGGGUGUUUUUGUUUGCCCAUGUGAUGUCUUGAGUUCUCACUGAAUGACUGCACACCAUGGGUGUUGAACUUUAACCCUUGUGUGUGUCUUUGGACACAGGCAGGACACUUACCUGCCUGCGCAGAACGGAGGCUACUGUAUCUUUUUAAGCUUGCUCUCCCUGGGUGUUGCCUUUCCACUGCCAUUUAUAAAAAAAUAAAUUACAAAAAAAAAACUUCACACCACAAACAUAUACAUAAUCGACACUUCUCUCCGCUGAACGCUAGUUCUUAUGACGAUGUUCUAUUUCUUGUCUUAAACCACUUCCUUCUCUUUUACAUAACGUAUGUGUUUUAGUGUCCAUUAGUUCUACGUCGGGAGUAUUUUAGAAACGUUGGGUGAGAUAGCUUUACUAAGUGCACUUUGUAUGUUUUUCAAAGCCUCUGGGAAGACCUGGGCACUCUCAUAUCAGUUCCCAUUUAACUGACAGUUUACCCUUUGUCUUUCUCUUCUUACCUCAUCAUUGUUCCUGUGUGUUUGUUGAAAUAUCAUAUCAUUAUGCAGUGUUACAAAAGCUUUAAAAAUGAAUAUACAAUGCAGGAAACGCAACUGAGAGACUGUCCUUGGCUCUAAGCAUUCACGUUUCCAUCUCAUUUCUUGGUUUUAUUGUUCCACGUUGUACGGUUGUUACUAUUACCAUCCUCUCCAGGCAUUUUUAAUAGUAGAGGGGCUGGUCUGUCCAGUUAUUAUGGAGAUGCUCCUUCUUACCUCGGCAGACUAAACCAAAGCCUGUUUUAAAAUGGCCUCCAGUGCUAUGGAAGCAUUUCUAAGCUUUAUUGUCCCUUGCUGUAUCUCAGAUACAGCUGACCCUCUGCUUUAGCCCUUUGACCCACUGUAAUCUCUGUUACUGCGCAUGCGACUUUAUCCUCAGCUCUGCUGCACUUACGGUAUUUACUGUACCUCCAGUGAUGUUGUGGAGUAGUGACUGAAAAAUAGAAAACACCAAAUUACCUCAAAACUUGCAGUGUUUACAAAAAGUGCUAUCUUGCCAUUACAUCUCAGCAUUUCUUUCCUUCCUUUUUUUUUUUUUUGCCGUCCAUCUUUAACCAAAAUAUCCUUUUGACAUGGAGUUUGUAGCAGCAUAUUUUCACAAGUAACCUUUUAAUGUACAUCUGUUUUUUAAAAGCACAGUGUCACUUUCAUGUGCACUAAAAUAAUAAAAAGACAUGAUUAAGUGCAGAAAAACAAUAGAAUACUUGAGAUAGAGUUGAUUAGUGGAGCUGCCCAUGAAGUGAGUGUAUCAAGCUUCCUCUGUGGUCGGUUUUCUUCAGGAACAUCCUCUCAAUAAUGUAUCAAGUUCCAAAGGCUGUGAUGCUCUGGAAUGGACCUUUAGGGUCUUUGCUGAUGAAUAAUUGAAGGCGGAGAAGUCCUCCCACUUGGCAAACACACUUCACAUGCAAAGGUGUACACACCCAGGUGGACUUUUGCUGGCAUUUAUGUGUAUACACCUCCACUCACGCAAACACAGAUGCCACCGUCUAGACUUCACACACAACCUAACAUGCACACAACAGUAUUUAAGGUGAGAUUCUAUGACCCUUUUUCGUGGCUUUUGGCAGCACCCAGGCUGGGCUCUCUUUAUCUCCACUCCUCAGAGAGCUCGUAUUCAGGUCAGAGCCACCGCCGUGCAUAGCGAUGGGGCUCGCAAACUCAAAGUGUCAUAAAAGUGUAAUACAGCUGACCUCAGCACUCACAACCUUGCAGUCUUAAUGUACAGCAGUGAGAAAAAAUAAACUGUUAUUUUAUGAUCUUUUCAUUAAAAGCUUGAUUGAAAACCAA